GGGAAAGUCCAUCAAAGUAUUCCACCGAGGACCUCUACCCUGGUUCUGCCCUCUGUAUCGGAUGCAUCGCAAUAUCCUCCAGAGAGACAUCCACCUGCCAGCCAGCUACAAGAAUUGCUCCAGAGAGUCAUGUCGUGGUGAUUGUUCUUGUUGUUGUUGUUGUUGUUGUGGGAGCUGCUGAAGAGUCAGGAGAGGGCGAGUAUCUGUGUAUAGGCACUUGAGAGAAUGUCAGGUCAGCUCAACCAGGCACAGACCCCAGUGGUCUACAGUAAAUCCUGCCUAAGGAGGGGGUUUCUGAGCCGGCAGUCAGCAUACCCGCAUGCCACGCGAUGGGGCCACACCCAUGGCAGGAGAAUAUUUUUGCGACCUGUGGAGAAGCCGAAUCACAAAGGAGCAAGGCUCUUGCCUGGUGCCACCAGAACGACCCAGGCUGAGAUCCAGGCCGUUCCUGCCGAACAGCCUGAUUCGAGAGAGAUCGGGCGUCACAGCAAGCUUGUUCUCGAGGUUGCCUACCUCCGGGACCUGGUCGAGACCUUGGCAAACGCUUCGACCGCACAGGCAAAGACGGACCACCUUGUGCAAAAUGAAAGAGUUUUGAGGUUUGGCACGAGCUGCAGCCCUGGGCAGCGAUUCAUGGAUGCAUUGGGUGGAUUGGAUGCUGGUAGCGCAUACCUGCUGCUCUGCUUGGUUGCAAUUGGGCAGGAGCACAUUCUUGCCGUUCCUGCAAACAGCCAGGGCUUCAACAAGGCAUUGCAUCUCUUAUGCACAAACCUACACCAUGUGGACACUUUCUAUAACUCGAUUGGAGGCCUGGCUGGAUACCAGCUGAAGUGUCUUGAGACCAUGGCGGCAUCCGCCCAGGCGUUGGAACAGAGCUCGGCAGAGGAGACUGCAGCAGAGCCAAAGUUCUACAUGCCACAGGGCCUUGAUAUUGCGGGUAACAAAAACAGACGCGCAGCAGCUGCUGCAGCUGCUACAGGCCUGGAAGCACUUCCAUACAUGGCAGAAAUUCUUCCUCUCGGCGGAGCUGGUGAUCGCCUGGGCCUCCAGUGCGAUGUGACCGGCGAGAGUGUACCAACAGCCAUGCUGCCCUAUUGCGGCCGCUCUUUAUUGUCAGGCAUCAUUCGCGAUCUGCAGGCGCGAGAGUACCUCUAUUACAAGGUGUACGGAACCCAGGAGAUCACUCCCGUCGCAAUCAUGACGUCAGCAGCAAAGGGCAAUCACGAAAGGGUCCAGAAGCUGCUGGCUGAGAACAAUUGGUUUGGCCGCGGCAAGGAGCUGUUUGAGCAGCCGAUGGUGCCAGUAGUGAGCGCUGAGGAUGGCAGCUGGCUCUUGCCGGAGCCGCUGCGGCCCCUCAUGAAGCCCGGCGGCCACGGCGCCAUCUGGAAGCUAAUGCUGGACGAGGGUGUCUUCACCUGGCUCAGCAACCGCCGCCGUGAGGCCGCCAUCGUGCGCCAGAUCAGUAACCCCCUGGCCGGUACAGACGCCACGCUGCUGGCCCUGUCUGGCGCGGGCUACGCAGACAGCAAGUGCUUCGGCUUCGCCUCUUGCGAGCGCCGCGCGGGCGCGGCCGAGGGGGUCAAUGUGCUGAUGGAGCGGCGCCUGAAGCGCGCGGAUGGGGACGGCUACGAGUACGUCUACAACGUCACCAAUGUGGAGUACACUGAGUUUGGCCGGCUGGGAGUGUCGGACGAGUGCCUGGAUGGCAGCCAGUACAGCCGCUACCCUGCCAACACCAACGUCCUCUACAUCGGCCUCAAGGCAAGCCUCUCGCCCAGCACAGCUUUGAAGGCCGGGGUCAAGUCUGGCGGCGGUGCUGCUCUGCCAGGCAUGAUCUUCAACCAGGGCAAGAAGGUGGCUUAUACAGAUGCCGUGAGCGGGGAGGAGAAGAGCACCUUUGCUGGCCGCUUGGAAUGCACAAUGCAGAAUGUGGUGGACAGCCUGGCGCAGCGUUUCAACGAGCCAAUGCCGGAGUCCCUGCACGGCUCACUGAACACCUUUGUGGUGUACAAUCGGCGGCGCUGCGUGACGUCCUCGGCCAAGCGCCGGCGAAAGCCCGGCAGCACUAUGGUCAGCCAGACGCCCGACGGCUCCUUCCUCGACCUCAUGCGCAACGCCACCGACCUCCUCACCCGCUGCGGCCUCUCCCACGUCCCAGAGGUGGGGACUGUGGAGCAGUACUUGGAGAAGGGGCCGGGCUUCAUCUUCCUGUACCACCCUGCGCUGGGGCCCCUCUGGGACGUCAUUGCCCAGAAAGUCCGCGGCGGCGCCCUGAAGCAUGGCUCUGAGCUUGUCCUCGAGGUUGCGGACGCAGCGCUGUUGGAUGUGCACGUGGAGGGCAGCCUGUUGGUGCACGCAGACUGCGUCACCGGCAGUGUAGAGUCGCCGCACUCAGCCGGUGGCCAGAGCCGCAGCUACGCCACAGACAUCCACGUCAGCCACCCUGACGGCCGCCAGACUCUCUUCUCCUCCGAGCCGGCCGGCGCGCAGCUUGCGCACAGCGACAGCUCGGCCCACAUGCAGCUGCACCUAGCAGCCCCUGGCAGCAGCUCUAACAGCAGCAGCAGCAUCCCACAGGGGUCUAGUGCCAGCAGUGUUGUGCCCUUCACGCGCGCCAGCAACCCCGAGCAGCACCGCCUGGUGUUCAGCGACAGGUGCGGCCGGGUGCGGCUGACGGGCGUGGUGGUGCGCAACAAGGGCAUAGACUGGGGCAGCCCCGACAACUGCUACUGGCAGCACAAGGUCGCGCGCAAGGAGGCCGCGCGCAUCGUGCUGCACGGCCAGUCCGAAUUCGAGGCCUCCCACGUCGUUCUGGAGGGCGACCAGACCUUCGAGGUGCCGGAUGGCUACAAGAUGGUGGUGUCGGCUGCGCCGGCCGGCGGUCUGCGGCGAGCGCUGUUCCCUCUGCACAAGCGCCGCCCGUCUUGGCAGUGGGACUACCAGAUGGAUUCUGAGGGCAGUGUCAAGCUGUCCAUUCUGGAGACCGCCCGCCCGCCCACUUAUGCGCCUGCUUUCCUGACAACCCCUGCUGAGGCUCCGUUUGUGUAUGUCAUCUGA